AUGAGACAUUCACAAUCCGGUGUAUGUAAUCCACAACUUGCCCAACUAAACAAACACUUUGAAAAAAUGUUGUCGUGUGGAGUAGCUGCCAAUUCUCCCAUGUACCCACAACUCGUUAUGACAAACUUAGAGAAAGUGAAAGAGAAGCUUGAGAAAUUAGAAGUAGAGCCCCUCCGACUUUCCGAGAAAAGUAACGUUUCCAUCUUCUUUGAAUUUUGGUCGCAUUUGUUAUAUAUUUGUAAUUAUGGGGUUUUAAAUUCGACGAUGGAUAUAGUUCUUUCGUUAUUAGAACGCUGUGUGACGUUAAAAACGUUUACAGAUAUUGCGAAGUUCUGUACGUCAGCUACGAGUUCGAAGAAAGAGAAAGAAGUGAAAUAUAUUCAUCAAAUCUAUACGGACUAUGUGAUUUGUUGUCGGGAGACUUAUAGUUUAGUUAAUAGUUUAUUUGAGAAAUUAGCGAUAGCUUUACUCACGAAACACCAAUUUGAUGGAUUGACCCUUCAAAGCUCGGACGACGUCUAUUUUUCGCUGUCGAAAAUAGUGAUCCCAAAACUCUAUGAAUCAAUACAAGACAAAAUCUCUGCUCUCUUUAGCGCACUUUGUAGCGUCGACUGCUCGUUGUUACUUUAUAUCAAUCAACUCACAAACAGUCAAAUUGAUGCGAACAUGUCCGUCCUUCAAUUUGACCCCCACGCAUCUUUAAUCGACACGUUGAAGAUCAAAUUCCAAACUGAAUUAAGAACACCUAUAGCACUCAUUCUCCUCUUUCCUAACCCUUUUGUCUUCAUUGUACAAUUCAUCCCAAAGUGGUUCAAAGCUCUUACAGACUGCGGAGUCCCAGUAGAAAAGAUCAUUCGGUCGAGUGAGUAUUUUAAUUACAAGAAAUGGUUCUUCCAGACGAUUGGUGUCAUGAUGAGGAAAUUUGACUCAACUAAGCAAGCGUCUUCUGUUGGAGAGUGUUUUAAAGCGUUAAUUGUAGUCGGGGAUAUCACUACUAUCAAUGAACUCCUUUUCAUCACAAAGACUAACACUAAUAUUUAUAACACAAAACAACUCUCGAGAAUGGCUAAAGUCGUCGAAAAUGUUAUUACCUUCUUCGUACAAAAGAACUUGGCCUCCAAGAAAAAGGACUUCUUCGAUGACACGUUCAACUUCUCCGACUUGAUCGAAAUCAUGGAAAUCGCAAUAGCUUCAGAUCACUUGGAAUCACUCUUAUUGCUCAUUGGCUUGGUCUAUAAGAUCCUUCCUUACUUCGUUAAAUCCGCAAGAGAUACUUUAGUCUUAGAGUAUCUCGUCCAUAAGAGGUUCUCUUAUUUCUUCUUUCAUUGGUCUGAUUUAAUUCGAAACGCAUUCUAUCAUAUUAUAUUAUACAGAACGCUCUUCGUUAAACAGUCUCAUAUCAUAUCAGCAAGGUUCACUGCCACAGACCUCGCAGAAUACCAAAUCAGAAGGACUAGCAUCUAUGAUCCACAAGCACAGGACUUGGAAGUCAGUCAGGCGCUCGACCUCCGUAUGAAAAUGCUUAAAAGUAUCAUCGACUCUCUUCCCAAAGAGAAGCAUUUAGAUGAGAAGAAGAUGAUCAUGGCUUUUGAGGAGUUUAAGAUAGUCCAAAAGCAGUAUGAAGCGUGGCAAGUGAAACGGUCUUCGAAUGAGUUUGAUGUACCUGAGAUAGUGUGCACGUUGGAUAUGAAAUCUGAUUGA